AUGUGUAGAGUCGCAGCAACAGAUGUGGGGAGCGCCCUUGGGCUGUCGUCCUGGCUCCGCGACAUCCAGUCUGGAGAGGGGGUUGCAACCCGAGGGCAGCGCACGGAGAGUUGGAGAGCAGCCGGAUCAGCGAUGGUACCCUUGAGGGCCCUGUGUCUGGCUUGGGCGCUGCUAGGAGCGGCCGCAGCGUGCCCAGAGCCGUGCGCCUGCGUGGACAAGUACGCGCACCAGUUCGCCGACUGCGCCUACAAGGAGCUGCGCGAGGUGCCAGAAGGACUGCCGGCCAACGUGACCACGCUCAGUCUGUCGGCGAACAAGAUCACCGUACUGCGGCGCGGGGCUUUCGCCGACGUCACGCAGGUCACCUCGCUGUGGUUGGCGCACAAUGAGGUGCGCACGGUGGAACCGGGCUCGCUGGCCGUGCUGAGCCAGCUCAAGAACCUCGACCUGAGCCACAACCUUAUAUCCAGCUUCCCAUGGAGCGACCUUCGUAACCUGAGCGCGCUACAGCUGCUCAAGAUGAACCACAACCGCCUGGGCUCGUUGCCCCGGGACGCACUCGGUGCGCUGCCUGAUCUGCGCUCCCUGCGCAUCAACAACAACCGGCUUCGCACGCUGGCUCCUGGCACCUUCGACACUCUAAGUGCGCUGUCGCAUCUGCAACUCUACCACAACCCCUUCCACUGCAGUUGCAGUCUUGUGUGGCUGCAGGCCUGGGCCGCGAGCACCCGGGUCUCCUUACCCGAGCCCGACUCCAUCGCGUGCGCCUCGCCUCCUGCGCUUCAGGGCGUGCCGGUGCACCGCCUGCCCGCCCUGUCCUGUGUACCGCCCAGGGUGCAUCUGAGUGUGGAGCCGCCGCCCGAGGCGCCGGGCAGCCCCCUGCCCUCCGGCCUGACGCUCAUGAUACACUGCGUCGCCGAAGGACACCCCACGCCCCGCCUGCAAUGGCAACUUCAGAUCCCAGGUGGCACCGUAAUGCUAGCCCCGCUGGUCCUGAGCGGGGAGGACGGCGGGGACGGGGCGGAAGACGGGGAGGGGGAAGGAGAUGGGGACGGGCCAACGCAGACAGAGGCCCCAACCCCGACUCCAGCACACGCCUGGCCGGCUCCCCCAGCCACCCCGCGCUUCGUGGCCCUCACCAAUGGCUCCCUGUUGGUGCCCUUCCUGAGUGCCAAGGAGGCAGGCGUCUACACCUGCCGUGCCCACAACGAGCUGGGUGCCAACUCCACGUCGGUACGCGUGGCAGUGGCAGCUGCCGGCCCCCCAAAGCACGCUCCUGGCGCAGGGGGAGACCCUGAUGGGCAGGCUCCAACCUCUGAGCGUAAGUCCACAGCUAAAACCCGGGGCAACAGCGUCCUAACGUCCAAGCCCGAAGGCAAAAUCAAAGGCCAAGGCACGGGCCGGGUUAGCGUACUCGGGGAUUCAGAGAUAGGGCCGGAGCAGGAGGAGGCUGAGGAGGCAGGUGAGGGUGAAGAACUGGAAGACCAGGUCCCCGCCGACCCGAUGGAGGAGCAGCGCUGUGGCCACGGGGACCUCUCGCGGUACGUGUCCAACCACGCCUUCAACCAGAGCGCCGAGCUCAAGCCUCACGUGUUCGAGCUGGGCGUCAUCGCGCUGGACGUGGCGGAGCGGGAGGCGCGGGUGCAGCUGACGCCCCUGGCGGCUCGCUGGGGCCCGGGGCCCGGGGGCUCUGCGGGAGGAGGGCGACCCGGGCGGCGGCCACUGCGCCUGCUCUAUCUGUGCCCGGCGGGGGGCGGCGCAGCAGUGCAGUGGUCGCGUGUCGAGGAGGGCGUCAACGCCUACUGGUUCCGUGGCCUGCGGCCCGGCACCAACUACUCCGUGUGCCUGGCGCUGGCAGGCGAGGCCUGCCACGUGCAAGUGGUGUUCGCCACCAAGAAAGAGCUGCCCUCGCUGCUGGUGAUCGUGGCGGUGAGCGUGUUCCUCCUGGUGCUGGCCACCGUGCCCCUGCUGGGCGCCGCCUGCUGCCAUCUGCUGGCCAAACACCCAGGCAAGCCCUACCGCCUUAUCCUGAGGCCGCAGGCCCCCGACCCCAUGGAGAAGCGCAUCGCCGCCGACUUCGACCCGCGCGCCUCCUACCUCGAGUCCGAGAAAAGCUACCCAGCGGGUGGCGAGGCGGGCGGGGAGGAGCCGGAAGAGGCCCCCGGGGAGGGCCUCGACGAAGACGCGGAGCAGGGGGACCCCACUGGGGCCCUGCAGAGAGAGGAGAGCCUGGCGGCUUGCUCGCUGGUGGAGUCCCAGUCCAAGGCCAACCAAGAGGAGUUCGAGGCAGGCUCCGAGUACAGUGACCGGCUGCCCCUGGGUGCCGAAGCGGUCGACAUCGCCCAGGAGAUUAACGGCAACUACAGGCAGACGGCGGGCUGA